ACCCAUAAACGCGUGUAACGCCCGCUGAGGCCAGCAGCGAGCGCUACACUGCGCACCCACCCAUUCCCAUCGCCCUCCACAGCGAGCACGCAUAUCUCAAUCAUGUCUUUCUUGUUUUCCCUAGUUAAACCCUUGGCUUACUUAUCGCUUCCUGUUCUUUUGCUUCGCUCUUUUGCUCAAACGUCGCCUGUGGGUCGAUAUUACUACAAGCUUGGGUUGUACCUCGGCAGUCUGGUGGUGGUAUCAACAUGGGGCGUGGUCAUUGCAGUGGGGAUGACUUUGAUAGGACGGAGACAGGAUGUUAACUUCAUUGUGGCCAGAUGUUUCUACGCAGUCGCGAGUAGAGCAUUGGAUAUACAAAUAGAUGUCGAGGGCAAGGAGCACCUGCAGUCACGACCAGCUGUGCUGGUAGGCAAUCACCAGAGCAUGCUUGAUAUUCUCUUUCUCGGAAGGAUAUUCCCGCAUCAGGCGUCGAUCAUGGCAAAGAAGGAGCUGCAAUGGUCACCGUUAGGCCCGUGGAUGUUCAUGUCAGGUGCCGUCUUUGUCGAUCGCGGCAAUGGCUCAGCAGCUAGGCAAUCGCUGGUAGCUGCAGGCGAGACGAUGAAGUCGCAGGGCAUGUCGUUGUGGAUGUACCCGGAAGGAACUCGACAUAGCCAAGAAGAGCCAACGCUGCUACCCUUCAAGAAAGGCGCCUUCCAUCUCGCUGUCCAGGCUGGCAUACCCAUUACCCCGGUCGUUUGCGAGAACUACUGGAGAAUCUAUCACAAGGGCUGCUUCGAAAGCAGUCGACUCAAGAUCCGAGUUCUCCCACCUAUACCGACGUCAGGGCUCACUAUGGAGGACGUGACGGAGCUAGCAGCUCGUGUCAGAGAUCAGAUGCUCGCGGCGUUACGUGAAAUAUCUAUUGAUGUGUCGUCGGGCGUCCAGCAGGAUGAAUCGGCUGACCAGACCGGAACUAGUAGUGAUUUGCCUGCUGUUGAGCAGCCGGAAAGUGGACCGAGCACCGUGGCAGAGGGGGUGUCUGGAGUGGCCGACUCGCCAAUAGUAAGCGAAGAGCGCGAUGAGGAAGCGAAGACUAAUACCCCACAAUUCGGAGACGCUCGCAGCCUAAGGAAAGAGGGGAGUGAACAUGGAACGGAGACGGACGAAGAUGAGGGCAUGGUGUUAGUUGGGCGGCCAAAGUGAAAUUGAGCGGAAAACGCCAAUCAAAUGGAGAAAUGUAGCUGUUCCCCGCAAUCGAAACGUGCACGACGGGCUAUCAGAUAAUUGGCGGAUCAAAGAGAGCGGAAUCAGUAGAGUAAUUUUGGCAGCGAGCUGAUGCUAAAAUUCUAAAGCAGCUUGACACAUGCGUCGCUCCAUUCGCUCCGCAGAAUACAGCCAGAAAUAAUGAUAUGUUAUCCAGAGGUGUAAGCUGGUGGAGCUAAAAGAGGCUAAAGGAUGGCUACGGUCUCGGUCCAUUGU